GUAUAUUCACGGUGAUGUGCUACAACGUGCUGUGCGACAAGUACGCGACGCGGCAGAUGUACGGCUAUUGCCCGAGCUGGGCGCUGGACUGGGAGUAUCGAAAAAAGGGUAUCCUCGACGAGAUACGACACUACGCCGCGGACAUCAUCAGUCUGCAGGAGGUCGAGACGGACCAAUUCUACAAUUUUUUCCUGCCGGAGCUCAAGCACGACGGUUACGACGGUAUAUUCUCACCCAAGUCCCGCGCGAAGACGAUGGCGGAAAACGACCGCAAAUACGUCGACGGCUGCGCCAUUUUUUACAGGACCGCCAAAUUUUCUUUGAUAAAGGAGCAUUUAGUUGAAUUCAAUCAAUUGGCGAUGGCAAACGCGGAGGGUUCGGACAACAUGUUGAAUCGUGUUAUGCCAAAAGACAACAUUGGACUGGCUGCAUUACUUAGGACUAAGGAAGCCGCUUGGGAUAACGGUGUUCCAUCUGACCCGGCACAAGUGCAACAACCAAUUUUAGUUUGUACGGCGCACAUCCAUUGGGAUCCCGAAUUCUGCGAUGUAAAACUAAUACAGACGAUGAUGCUGAGCAAUGAAUUACGUUCCAUUUUGGACCAAGCUGGCCAGUCUUUCAGACCCGGCCACAAGCCUGACUCUUCCAACGUUCAACUGUUGCUUUGUGGCGACUUUAAUUCUUUACCUGAUUCUGGUGUGAUUGAAUUUCUUACAUCCGGACGCGUGGCGGCCGAUCAUCGUGAUUUUAAGGAUUUAGCAUAUAAAUCGUGUUUACAAAAGAUCUCUGGCUGCGAUAAACCCAACGAAUUCACGCAUUCUUUCAAGCUUGCAUCCGCCUAUAGCGAGGACAUUAUGCCCUACACCAAUUACACAUUCGAAUUUAAAGGCAUAAUAGAUUACAUUUUUUAUUCGAAACAAAGUAUGGUACCGCUGGGCCUCCUAGGUCCGUUGAGCCCAGAAUGGUUUAAAGAGCAUAAAGUGGUAGGAUGUCCUCAUCCUCACGUUCCAUCGGAUCACUUUCCUCUGUUAGUGGAGUUAGAGAUGACACCGACAGUAGGAACAAGCAACGGUUUGAUCUCACGCAGGUAGCAGCCGCUGCGAUCUAGGCCCAAGUAACCGUAAGAAGACGAAGAAUCAAUAACGAAAAUAAAAAGGGGGGAAAAAAAGGAUUUGCAUCACUUCUUCUCUACUUCUGGCUCUAGCAAUAUCACUCGCAUUACUUUUACUAUAAUAGCAAAUGUUACACAAAUACUCCAUGCAUUGCCGCACAUUCAAUCAACAGCGAUCGCUAUCGACGGGAUACCGACGAACAUAAUUCUAACGACCAGGUGAAGGGAGCCGUGUUGUAAUGCGUUUAGCUAGCCCAUGUAUAGUGUAUUGCAUUUUUAAGAACUAUCUUACUCCCAUGCCUAAAGAUUAUUGUAACCUCUCUAUUUACCAUCAUAAUAUGUGUAGAUACCUAUUUUCCUACAAAAAAGUAAUGAAAAUGAAAACGAUAUUCCGAUCGAGAAGCCUCUGUGAUAUCGACAUUUAACACAAUUGGAACACAUUUACACAUUUAUUAGUAAAUGAAACUAGUAGUGGUGUACUAGAGAGAAAGAGAGAGAGAGAGAGAGAGAAAGAGAGUGAGAAAGAGAGAGAGAGAAAGAGACACAUACUUUAAAGGGAAUCUCCCUUCUCGCCCUUCCUAAAUGUCAUUACAACAUUCUCCAAGCCAAUCUUUUGAUAAGAAUGCUGCCAUCCACACAAUGAGAAAAAAAAUAAAAAAAAUUGUAUUUUUAAACGAAACGAAAACAAAAAAAGAUAUGAAAUACAUGCUAUACUGGGCUGUGCGAAGUGAUUGGAGUGAUCGACUUAAAACAAUUUCAAUGCAAGUACAAAUCUGUUCUUAUUGGCCACGUAUAUAUUGAUAUAAUAUGGUAAUGUUAUAUAAGGAGAACAAGAAAACAUAUAUAGAUGAUAAUGUAGCGGGUGUAUUUGUAAGUAUGAUAUAAUGUAAUGAUGUUCAUCACACACGUCUAUCAUAACAUCAAGUGAGAUCAGUUCAACAUUUACCCCGCAUUUUAAGUAUUCGUUUGGGUCCGAUUAAUGUAUAUGUGCUCUGUAUCACAAUCUAAUACUUGUUAAUUCAGUUGCCACCGAGAGAAACACGAGGGAAUUUUUUUUAUAUACAAUCACGCGCGAACAUCUUCGCAUUCUUUCCGCCACUGCAUUUCUAUUCGCAUGAUAUCUUGUUUAUCCUUA